CGGGAUUGAUGUACGUGAAAUUCAUUUGAUGUCAACAAUGGCUGAGGCUUUUCCAACACGUGCUGAACCAGCAGAUUUACAACCAUCUAGCGCUGAUCUGAAACAAAAACAUUCCAAGAAGCCGACAUGUAUUUUAGUAUUGGGAAUGGCAGGUUCAGGCAAAACAACUUUUGUUCAGAGAAUUACAGCCCAUCUCCAUGCUAGAAAAACGCCUCCAUAUGUCAUCAACUUAGAUCCAGCUGUACAUGAAGUGCCUUAUCCAGCAAACAUUGAUAUUAGAGACACAGUUAAUUACAAAGAAGUUAUGAAGCAAUAUUCAUUAGGUCCAAAUGGUGGGAUUGUCACUUCUCUCAAUCUAUUUGCCACCAGAUUUGAUCAGGUCAUGCAGUUUAUUGAACAGAAAACUGGAGAGACAGAAUAUGUAAUUCUGGACACACCAGGACAAAUAGAAGUGUUUACUUGGUCAGCGUCAGGAACUAUAAUCACAGAGACAUUAGCCUCAACUUUUCCCACCAUUGUGGUGUAUGUGAUGGACACAUCUCGCAGUAUUAACCCAGUAACUUUUAUGUCUAAUAUGUUGUAUGCCUGCAGUAUCAUGUACAAAGCCAAGUUACCUUUCAUUGUAGCUAUGAACAAGAUUGAUAUUGUAAGUAACCAGUUUGCUGUUGAGUGGAUGACAGACUUUGAAAUUUUCCAAGAAGCGUUAGAACAUGAGACCUCCUAUGUAUCAAACCUUACUAGGUCCAUGAGUCUUGUUCUAGAUGAAUUCUACGCAGGACUUAAGAAUGUGGGUGUGUCAGCCAUGACAGGAGAAGGUAUCCCAGAAUUCUUCAAACUUGUUCAAGAUGGUGUUGUAGAGUAUGAGAAAGACUAUCGAGCAGAGUAUGAAAAGCUAAAAGCAGAGAAAGAACUAAAGGAAAAGGACAGACAGACAGACCAAAUGUCAAGGUUACAGAAUGACAUGAACAGUGGAGGUCAAGGUGACAUUGAAGUGGAUAAGAGACUGCGAGGGAUGGUCAUCACUCCUGGCCAGGAGGGAAGUGAUAGUGAUGAGGAAUUCAGGACCGCACCUGAGGAGGAUGAGGAGGAACAAAGAGAAUACGAAUCAUUUAAAAACUUUCUCAAACAACAGAAAGACAGACAACAACAAAAAUACGAGGCCAGUCAAGGGGACAAAACAUGAAAACGAAAUGUUGUCAGGGAUACUUCUUUGUCAUGCUUCUAUCUCUUCAUUUCUUUAUUUGUAUGAAUAUUAUUGUAAACCAGUUCAUCAUGUUUGGAAAAAAAUCACUAUGAAGGAAGAAGUGAAAAUGCAUAACUACUGAUGCACAUGGACUGUCUGAAAAUGUAUAGUACAUAAAAAACAUGAAAUACUUUUCAUUUUUACCAAAGUACAGCCGUUAUGUCACGUUGAUGUACAUUAUAAAUCAUUGCAUAAAAAUUUGGUUCAAAAAAGUACAUUGUCAUGAACAGGAAAAGGUGAAAAAACACUUCCUGAAGUUUCAAAUUAUUUACAAUUACCAUAUAGAUGUAGAUUUAUGAUUCAAUGCAACAUUAAAUUUUGAGGAAGUUAUGA